UUUACUUUUAAGAGGGAAAAAUGCUAACACAUAAGCUUAUAAUCUUAAAAGCAAUAGAACGUCCUGUUUAGUUAUAUACAAGUCGGAUGCCUGCUUUUGUAAAGUUAAUUAGAGGUAGGACUAAUUACAGUAAAGCAUAUAAGGUAAAAAACAAACACACAUCCUGAGGUUAGGUUGUUUUUAAAUUAGUAGAAAGAAACAAUCCAAAACAAACAUGGGUUUUUGCUGUCAGAUGUUUUUCACCAGCAGAUUCUUAGAGUAGACGUUACUAUAUAUACAAAUUUAAAACCCUAUCGCCAUAUAGCUGGACCGCUGCAAGGUCAUGACCCAAAUGCAUCAGUGAAGCUGUGAGUAUUGGACUUCUCGGAUCGGUCGUGUUCACAGCUGUGCUUUCACAGCUCUCCUGUUUUCAUCUUUUUCUGGCAACGCUGAAGCACAUGAGUUUAGGUAACGUUCAGGGAUAUCUGGAGGAAAUUAAAACCUUUUUUUAAUUUGUUGGAGUUGCAUGACAGGGGAGGAUCCAAGUUAUCAUUGGCAGGCAGUCCCUGCUUGCUGUAAGUCAUAAUGACAGCGUGAAGAUGGGAAACUGGAAUUUCCUUGGAGGAAUUUUGGAAGAGGUGCACAUCCAUUCCACUCCGGUGGGUAAAACCUGGCUCACCAUCCUGUUCAUCUGCCGCAUGCUGGUCAUCGGAGUGGCGGCAGACGAUGUUUGGACUGAUGAGCAGGCUGAGUUCAUCUGCAACACCCACCAGCCCGGCUGCAGGCACGCGUGUUAUGACCUUGCUUUUCCAAUCUCCCCCAUCCGUUACUGGGUGCUACAGGUCAUCUCCGUGUCCUCCCCUUCGCUGGUUUACGUGGGUCAUGCCCUCUACAGGCUGAGCGCCCUCGAGAAGGUCCGAGAGAGGAAGAAAGCCCUGCUGUGGAGGGAGCUGGAGGAUGCUGGUGUGGAGCCAGCAGUAGCCAGGAAGAGGAUUGAGAGGGAAAUUAAACAACUUUGUCAGGAACAGCUCAAUAAAGCUCCCCUGAGGGGGUCUCUGAUGCGUACUUAUGUGGCUCACAUCAUCAUACGCUCUGUUGUUGAAGUUGCUUUCAUGACAGGUCAGUACCUGCUGUAUGGUUUUCAUCUCCACACGCUCUUCAGGUGUGAGCAGGAUCCUUGUCCCAACAGAGUAGACUGUUUUGUUUCCAGACCAACAGAAAAAAGCAUCUACAUGGUGUUCAUGCAGAGCAUUGCUGCGCUCUCGCUCUUCCUAAGCAUCUUGGAGAUCAUACAUUUAAUCUGUAAAAAGAUUGAAAAAGUGUUUACUCGCAUGGACAGUGGACAAGGAUGAACCUGAGUUUGAAAGAAAGUAGACAGGAUACUGUUGUGCAAACAUGCAAUAAUGCAUCGCGAAAUGCUAAAUAUGUCUCUGAGGCUUGUGAUCAUAACUUGAAGGAGAGCAUGCAUGUUCCAAAUAUGUGCCCAAGAAUCACAAAACCCUCAGUUGUUACUCUUGAGGACCAACGGACAACUCAAGACAUCAGUGAUUAGUUAUUGAGCUCAAAGGCCUCUAGGUGGACCCUAGACUCAAACAUCAAACCCUGCUCACAGUGAUGCAAGCCGAUGCUGAGUUAGAAGCAGAAUUUAGGUGUUUCGUCUUCCACACACGGGUGAUGCAGCUGAAGACGGAGCACAUGGCCUACAAACUGAAAAACAACCCUUCAGCUUUCAUUGCAUAUGGAAGUGAAGAAUACAGCAGUCAAAUGCUGUCAAAAUGUGUCAUAAAACUAAAUAAAAUAACUAUCCACUGCUGCUGAUUUUAGGUCAGGGUCCAACUGAAGACAUUCAGCCUUUCAAAUCCGAAGCAUCAAGAUACAGCAGAGCAUCUUGCUAUUCCGGCAUGUUGCCUCAAUAUCAAUCGCUUAUGAACUGUAUUAGAUGAUUUGACCCAAAUGUAAACAGAUAUAAAGUUGGUCAGUUCAAAUGUACGCAUUUCCUACUGCAUCUCUGCUUCCACCAAGUAAUGAAGAAUCAACACUGACCUACAGUUUGAAUGCCACUGCUACAUGCACACGUUGAUGGUGGGCAGACGUAGAUGCUUCUCUGGCCACACGAUAUUAGAAGUAUACUGCUGGUUACACUAUAUAUGUAUAAAAUCAAACCCCCCCCAAAAAAAAAUUCAAUAAAAAAUCCAUUAGAGAGCAUUAAAAAAUUAUUUUCAGGGCAGACAUGUUAACCUACUCAAAAGUGUGUCUUUGUAGCGCACAGUAAAUACACAAUACUUUGAGGCCUCUCUUUGAACAGUUACUGCAUCAAUGUAAAGCGGCAUAUUGAUCAGCCUGUAGCUCCACUGUGACGCCCAUUAGUGUGUCUGCAUUGACAGGAUUGGUGUUGCUCAUCUUCCUCUUGACAAUGUCAAAUGUACCAAUUGCUGAUUGCUGAGAGCAACCAUCCUGCAACUUUAAGGCUGCGGCCCUUCAACAUACCUGAACCAAAUAAAUGGUUUGUUACCAGGCAUCUGCAGAGAUGAGCGGCAUGCUGAUGCUGAGGAGAAUUCAGGCGUUGGACUUGAAGGACUCCAUCCCUCCUCUAAGGUUUAGGAUCAGUCUAACACAGCAACACCAUGGUCAUUAAACCAUGAUACUGGUACUUUUGGCAGUAUGGGCAGGUCGUGGAUCCUGUUGAAAACUGAAAUCAGAAUCUCUAUAAAGUGUGUCAAUAGAAGAAAGAAAGAACUAUUUCCUGGCAU